AUGUCGGCUGUUUUGAAGGUGUAUGAGUUGGUCCCUGAGACUUAUUGCCAGAGGUUCAGGUCUUGGGAAAGCCACAUUGCUGUGUACAUCAGCGAACAUAAGGUGAGUACUGCUGCGGAGGGCACUGCACUGGCUGAUAAUUAUGUGCUGACGCACAGGGGGGACAGAGACUUCCGGGGCCAGCAGGUCGAGCUUGGAGAGCCAUGCUGGUUGGAGGAUCCUGGUUUCUCCGCCUUCGUGUCGGACGGCAGUGUGUCUCUUCCGGGAGAAGUGUACCCAGAUUGUGCUGUGACACGGGCUAUGAGCCGAGCAAAGGGUGAGCCAGACUCACCUGCGCUGUUUUCCUCCCGCAUCUUCUCCCGGUUCUACCCACUAAUCCACUCUUUUGCCUGCACUUCGCGGGCGCUCAAUCCGUCGUCAGUCCCACAGAUAUUGUGUGUUGCUCUGCGUUUUUUUGCAAAUGGGAGUUUUUUGUAUGAUGUUGGAGAUGCAGAGCACUUAAGUAAGGCCACUGUAUGCAGGACGGUCAGAAAAGUGUGCCUCGCCCUGAAACGGCUACUGAACACCUUCAUCGUCAUCAAGGAGGAGUUCCACAGGAUUGCAGGAUUUCCCAGUGUGAUUGGCUGCAUAGAUGGCACACAAAUCCCCAUCACGGCUCCCUCACAUCAUGAGGCGGAUUAUGUUAACAGGAAGUCCAUUCACAGCAUAAAUGUGCAGAUCAUAUGUGAUGCUGCCUACAUCAUUUCCAAUGUGGAGGCCAAGUGGCCUGGGUCUGUUCAUGACUCAAGGAUGCAUCAUGAGUCUAACCUGAGCAACAGACUGCAACGUGGAGAGUUUGAUGGCCUUCUGCUGGGUGACAGGGGUUACCCAUGCCAACCAAGGCUGCUGACCCCUUACCCUGACCCUGAACCAGGCCCCCAACAGAACUUCAACCGGGCUCACUGCAGGACGAGAGCCCGGGUGGAGAUGACCACAGGCCUGUUGAAAGCCCGUUUCCAGUGCCUACGUCACCUCAGGGUGACCCCUGAGAGGGCCUGUGAUAUUAUUGUGGCAUGUGUUGUUCUUCAUAAUAUUGCCACUCUUCGAGGAGAGCAACACCCUGCCCUACAAAUAGGAGCUGAUGAUGACCACCCCAUCCACCUGCCAGCUAUGCAGGACGGCAGAGCAGUCAGAGACACCAUAUCCCGCAUCCACUUCAGAGAUUAAGACAAUAUCAUCACCACUACCACCACCAACACAGCA